AAGAAGAGAAAAAAAAAAAACAUCCAACAGAGAAUUAUCUUCUUUUAAAGCUACUUAAAAAUUAAAAUUAAAAGAAAAAUAAAAUAAAAUAAAAACUCCAGAAGCUCUCUGUUUAUCUUAAAAUACAUAUUACCGUCAACAAUAAUAUCGACAAAACAAAAAGCUUUCUUCUUCUUCUACAAGAAAAAGAAGGGAUUAAACACAACACGAAAACACAGCCAACUCAAACAGAGAUCCGAACAGGAAACGAAAAGUAAAGAAAAGAAAGAUGAGAAUCACUGUAAUGACGGCUGAUGAACAGAUCAUAUCUUUAGAAGUCGAUCCUCAUGAAUCUGUUGAGAACGUGAAGGCUCUGCUCGAAGUGGAGACACAAGUGCCGCUGCAGCAACAGCAGCUUCUAUAUAAUGGGAGGGAAAUACGGAAUAAUGAGAAAUUGAGUGCAUUGGGUGUUAAAGAUGAGGAUUUGUUGAUGAUGGUAUCUGGUGGUGGUGCUGCUGUUGCUCCGUCUAGUGCACCAGCAAAUGAUUUGAGCUUCAAUGCUGAUGGAUCUGCUGUAAAUCCUGGGGCUUUCCAACAGCAUAUUCGAAAUGAUUCUAAUCUGAUGGCUCAACUAUUUCAGACUGAUCCAGAACUUGCACAAGCUCUUCUUGGAAAUGACCUCAAUAGACUUCAGGGCCUCUUACGGCAACGAAACCGCCAAAGAUCUGAAUUGCGGCGCCAACAAGAGGAGGAACUUGCCCUUCUUAGUGCAGAUCCUUUUGAUGUUGAGGCACAAAAGAAAAUUGAAGCUGCCAUUCGUCAGAAAGGAAUUGAUGAAAAUUGGGCAGCUGCCUUGGAAUACAACCCUGAAGCUUUUGCUAGGGUGGUCAUGUUGUAUGUUGACAUGGAAGUUAAUGGCGUGCCCUUAAAGGCAUUUGUUGAUAGUGGUGCUCAGUCCACAAUAAUAUCAAAAAGCUGUGCCGAGCGAUGUGGAUUGCUUAGGCUUUUGGAUCAACGUUAUAGAGGCAUUGCUCGUGGAGUAGGUCAAUCUGAGAUAUUAGGUCGGAUACACGUAGCUCCAAUAAAGAUUGGGAGUAUAUUUUACCCUUGCUCUUUCUUGGUGCUAGAUUCUCCCAAUAUGGAAUUUCUUUUUGGGCUUGAUAUGCUUCGCAAGCACCAGUGCAUUAUUGAUUUGAAGGAGAAUGUUUUGAAAGUUGCCGGUGGAGAAGUUUCUGUACCAUUUUUGCAAGAGAAAGACAUUCCAUCUCAUUUUCUGGAUGAAGAGAGUCAUAAAGAAGCAUCCAGUUCUGGAAACCCAGUAACUUCAGGAACAGUGGAUAAGAAGGCUAAUGCAUCUGCAGGAGGUCAAUCUUCUGGAGUUGCACGGGGUAGUGUAACACAGGGACCUGAUUUUGAAGCAAAAGUUGCAAAGCUCGUCGAGCUAGGGUUUGGAAGAGAUGCAGUGGUACAAGCUCUUAAAUUAUUCGAAGGAAAUGAAGAACAGGCUGCUGGAUUCCUUUUUGGUGGUUGAAGACCAACUCAAUAUUCUUAAUAUGCUCAUUCAUUGUGGGAAUAAUAUUUGAUUCCACCGACAAAUUUUACAGAUUAAAAAUUAGUGUACCCAUUUGCAAACUAAUUUUUUUUUUUUUUUUCCUUUUUGGCAAUUCAAAGGGAAGUAAAUUAAACAGUUCCAUAUUUUAUUCCUUCCCUCUAUUUACUUAUUUUAUUCAAUGUUAACAACGACUGUCUUCUGACAGUUAAACUUUUCCUUGGAUUGUAAAGAAAUUUAGUUUUUGAUACUCCGGAUGCGCAAAUUCUGCAAUAACACUAGUAGAAUGAGGCUGUCCUUAUUCCUGAUUAGAUUGUAUCCCAAAAACAAGAAAAAUUGAGUUAAGUCGAGUUUUGACUAAUGUA